UCGUCCCGCCGCUCCACCCGCCCGGGAAAAGGAGCUGCUGCUGUUGCUGCAUGCCAAAGGGAGGGGGGGAGAGAAAGAGAGGCACUCACUAGAGCAUCGCAGGCAAGGAGGAGGAAGAGAGAGAGGGACGCUGCGUAUGCGUGUGUGACUUCUAGUGCAGGCACGAGACGAAAUUCCUGGACUCGCGCCGUCAGUCACUGAGCCCAGUGGCGCGAGACGCCGCCGCUAAUGUUAGUACUGCUCCAGCCACUCGUGCGGACCCCGGCGCGCGCGCGUGCAGCCACUUCUCGUUACUGGGUCUUCGGCCAACAAGACAGACUUGGACGUCCCGGGCUGCAAGCGCUGGUAUUGCUUCUGUUUUGACUAGUGCUGCCACCGCGGCUCGAAGCAGCCACUCCAUGACUGACGGCACUGACACAGAGAAGGAGGAGAGCGAGGCCGGGGAGGAAGGCGACCGCGCAGGCGCAGCCUGCCAGCCAAUGAGAAGGCUGACCCUCUCGACAUUCGGCUAGAAAUGUCUGCGGAUCUCUUUCUCUUCCUUCCACCCCCGCUCCUCCAACUCGCUGGUUCGGGUGAAGGUGACGCCGGAGAAGGGAAAAGAAAAUGAGGAUGUGCCGGAAGAAGAAGCACGUGCGCGGAGGGACCGGGAAAGGGGGCGAGGCCGGAGCAAGAGUGUGGAGCUGUGAAUGAGAGGCGUCGUCGUCGCCGCAUAUUAUCUCCAUGGCUGCAAUUUACUCUGGCAUUCAUCGGAAGUUAAAAAGUACAAAGACACCAUGGGAAGACAAACUCAAGCUGGCUCAGUUUGCAUGGAUUUCUCAUCAAUGCUUUCUUCCAAACAAAGAACAAGUCUUGCUGGAUUGGGUGUGCCAUACCCUGGUUUCAUGUUACAACAAUAAACUUGAAUUGCCAGAUGAUGUUAUUGAGAAGCUUUGGAUAUACCUGGACAACAUCCUUCAUAGCAGGAGACUACAGAGUUUCUUCAAGGAUGGGAAGACAAUCACCCUACGUUUUUCAAUUGCACAGGUCAUAAAUGAAAAACUUUCUGUUUCUUACACUCAAAAAACCUUGAGGAACAUUGGCACAGUUCUAAGUUGUUGUAGUGGCAUCCUUUCUAUGCCUCCUCUGUCAAUAGUCUACACUGCAAAAUUUGAGCUCCUGGUGGAUCUUCUAAGUAAGUUGUCCUGGUUAGCAUGUUGGCAGUUGUCGUCAGAAGAUGCUGUGUCCUCUCAGUUGUUCGAAGUCCUCAUUUUGAGCUUCAGGCAGUGCCUCCUGAUUCAGAGGCAGCAAGUGAACGCCAAUCGUGUCUUUGGACAAGUGACCAAACAUCUGCUGCAGCCAUGCCUGCUCCUGAGACAUUUGCUCACAGCCAGCGUGUGGACACACACAGAUGGUGUCCGCAUACGUCAGCAUCUGAACAAGGAGAUCCGAAAUAGCAUAGAGACUUUGCUGACAGCUGGUGUUUUUCAGCCAGAACUCUUGUCCUCCUACAGUGAAGAGUUGUUGGCUGAGAAGGAUCCCCACACAAUAAAGAAAAGGGGCUUGAAAAAUCUCCUGCAGCCAGCCAGCACAAUCCAGACUAGAUUAAAAGAUGCUAGUUUUUGUCAACCGGCCCUUCAUGGGAAAGUGGUAGCAAACUCAGUGCCUCUGCUCUUUAAGCACUUCCUAGAGUCUUAUAAUAAGGCAGAAAACCAUCUUCUGUGUUUUCACAUGCUCACCAGACUUGUUGGCUGCCUAAGGAUUUCCUGCCUGCAAGGGGAUCUUUGGAACAAGCAGCUUUCUCCAUCAGACUGGAUCACAGAGCUUCUUGCAGUGGAGCAGCUUCUGAACUCAGUGCUGAGUAGCGGCAUCUAUAAUGUUGCUGCUGAUAGGAUUCGGCAUAAGGAGGUCCAGUUUCACUUUUAUCGCCAGUUGGCACAAAUGUUGGUGAGUCAUUCUCAGGCUGCCAUACCUGCAUGGUUUAGGUGUCUCAAGGUCUUGAUCUCAUUAAAUCAUUUGAUUGUGGAGCCUGACUUGGAUGACUUGAUAGCCUCAGCUUGGAUUGAUGCAGAAGUCUCUGAGCUGCGUACAAAAAAGGCUCAGGAGGCUCUCUUGGCUGCUGUCUUCCACACUUAUGCCAAGUUGCGGCAGUUCCAAAAACUCUUUGAAGAAGUUCUGUCUGUCAUCUGCCGCCCUGCUGCAGAAGAAUUGAGACGCCCAAUUCUGCCUGUAGGCAUCAGGGCCAAGCUCUGUGAGUGCCUUCUGGAUCUUCCGCCCAAUCAGAUACUGGACAUUGUGUCGCUCAUAUUGGAGAAAUAUCAGACUUUCAUUAUUCCUGAUGUCAGAGGUGAUUCUGACGUGGCCUUGAAACUCCAGUCCAUGAGUACGUUGCUGCACUCUGUUCUGUUCCAUAUGAGGAGCUUAGAUGAUUCCACCCCGUUGCCUGUUGUGCGUCGAACUCAGAGUCUGUUGGAGACAAUGCAGAGAGAGGUAAUCCAAGCUUUGUUCGACCUGCUGAAGGAUUGCCAGGCAGAAGAAACAGAGCUGGAGCUUUGGACAGAGAAAGUUGGUGACUCGGCUCUCCUCCUCGCUUGCACCUGGGUAGCGGUUGAUACUCUUUUCCAUUUAAAUUGCCGACAGUAUGCCUCCCCAUUAGCCAAAACAGUCUUUGCUGUUCCUGAUUCCACUGUAGACAACUGGGACUUCUCAGCUGUCCUCUCUGGUUUGGAUGCACCAUGCUGGGAGAAGAUUACUAAGCUUCUAAGUUGUUCUUGCUCAGGGAGUAGAUAUUGCACAGAAUGGCUGGUGCUUCAGACAAUGAAGAAGAUGUUGAUGCAUGUCAGCUCUCAGACAGAAUCAUUGCAUCAAGCUUUGCAGUGUGCUGGAGCUUUUAUCCUUCAGUCUGGAAGAUCUUCCAUGAAUGGAGAGGAGCCUGAACCCUGGGAUGGAAAUGCAGGCACCAUAACUAGUUUCACUUACCCUACUGCACAUUGGCACCUUGUAGUCUCCAAUCUUCCAGUCCUGGCUCCCUAUCUUUCCAUGAAUGAUACUUUGUAUGUUGCAGGCGUGCUCUUAAAGAUACUGUUGGCGAACCAAACACAGGCAGCUCCUGAUGAUGAUGAUGAUGAUUCCUUAAUCACAGUAGGAAAGCUGUCUAGAGAUUUGCUGCUUGGUCCUCUUCUUCCAGAAAUGCAGGUGCUGCACUCUUCUUUCCUAAGCCACAUAGUUCAACAUUGUGCUAGCAUUGUUGCCAGUCAGCCUGUUCAACAGUUGUCUGCAGAAGAUAUCCCAUGGUGUGAAUUUGACCCUUCUGAUCGUGUUGCCAGCAUAGGACCUAGCAAUGAAGGUCCUAUGUUUGUGUGCUGGACAGCAAUGGAGAAAGUUGCUCAGAAUAUACUAUCAUUAGUGAAAGGGAGAUUUUGGGUUACCUUGGAAGAAGAGCAUAUCAAAAGGCUUUUGGAUUUACUAGAGAUAAUUUCAGCAUUGCAUCUGGACAGCCUCUUUCCUUUGGAUCACACACGGUGCUUCCUUUUGCUGUUCUCUUUGGCUGUCAAUACCACGGCAAACAUUGCUUGCAGCGGGGCCACCUUAUCUUUGCAGUUCACGACAACCUGCUUCCACCUCCUAGCAUGCCUGCAGACUGGCAGAAAUGCAAAUUCGUCCUUCAAAGUUUUCCAUGCCAGUGAUGUUCUCGAAGCUGUCCUAACCUCCAUGUUUGUAGCGUGCAAGACAAUAGCCAAUGUUUGGGUGGCUGGUCCUUGGGACAGAUUUCUUCAUGGGACCCAAAUAUUUUUGGAACGCUAUCUUCAGGUGAUACUUGAAAGGAGGCAAAGUGUGAAACUGAAUCUGGAAAAAUUCAUGUCUUUCCUAGCAACUUGCAAGCCGUGUGCAGCCAGUAAUAAACACUCUGAGAAUUGGAGCCCUGCAGCUGACCAGAUCCUGUUAGUGGCACUAACUGCACAGUGUCACGUUCUGACUUUGUACUUGCAGCAGCAGCAGCAGCGUGAAAACCGGCAGGCUUCAGGAAUCCUGCCUAUUUUGCUGGAACAGGCAGUGCUGCAGACAGGAGCAGCGAUCCAGCUCUGCAUUAGGAACAGCACAAAAGACCAGCCCUUGCCUUUAGCAUUCAUACCGUGCAUUACUACCCUUCUGAAAGCAGAUUUGUCUUGUGCACAUUCAGUGGGCCUUGUGACUGGGGAGAAUGUGCAAAGAAGCCCUCCGAAGCCAAGUAAAUGCCAGCAGCUUUCUCACAGUGAAUUGUACCAAAGUUUUUAUGUUCAGAUAUUGAGAGAACUUGACUUGGCUAAUGGCAAUGUCCAGUUCCUUCACUCAGCAUUGCAGUACAUAACUCUAUUCUGUUCAACGCCAGAAUUGUAUCCUGCACAACCAACGUCGGUUGCUGCAUUUCACUCCAUCAGAAAACUACUUGCAGGUCCUGGAGUCACAGUCCAAGUGAUUCAAGAACUAGAAGUCCAGCUGACAGAACUGAUGGCCCAGCUGGUGGCUAAUUGUACGACUGAUGAUUUCUAUGCCAUGUUGAGGAUGGUGCUUGAGGGAUUAGAUGUUUGCAACAUUUGGAAACAAAAUCAUGAAGAAGUGUUGUCAGCGGUUACUCUAGUCAAAGUGCUACUUGGCUGCCCUUUAAGUGGAGAGAAAGAGAAAGCUUUCUGGCUUUCCAGUCCACAGAUAAUCACUGCUUUAGUUAUGCAAACGAAAGAGGCUUCUCAAGAUCCGGUGCUGAUUCCCACCCUCAUUGUACCUAUCCUGGAGACGCUGGCAGUCCUUCUAAGGCAAGGAGAAGGGAUUCUCUCCAAUCCUCAUCAUGUUGCACUUGUAUUCAGCAUUCUUCUGACUGUCCCUCUUGACCCAAGGGUCUAUGGUAACAUCUUCUUGGGAAUUCAUGAAGUUCUCUUUUCCAUAUUGCAGUGUCACCCUAAGGUGAUGCUUAAAGCAGCUGCAUCUUUCCUGAACAGUUUCCACAGACUGGUUAUUUCAGCUAUGCAUGAGGGGAGACAGAAAGGAGACAGAGGGACCACAGAUGAAUUUGAAGUUGUACUGAAGUGUGUCCACUUGGUGGAGCGGAUGUAUACUUACAUUGCUGCAAAAACUAAAGAGUUCACUAUGUUAUCUCCCUUCAUUGUGGCCCAGUAUGUAAUUGAACUGCAGAAGGUAACGUUGCACCCAGCUGUCAAGAAACAUCUAACUGAGGGGAUUUAUCACAUCCUAGAUCUUUGUUUGGAACGCGAUAUCAAAUUUUUAAAUGUAUCUCUACCAGUGGGAGUGAGAGAAGUUUUCAAGGAACUGUAUCAUGAUUACACUCACUACCACAAAGCUCUAAAACAAGGGGAUGAAAAGUACACAGCAUGAUCAGUCCUACCUGUUGCUUUGCCACCAAUUGUCUACCUAUUGCUUUGAAAUGUCACAGAGGACCCUCUUUCCAGGUGAUGAGUACUUGCUGUUCUUAAGAUUUGUGUAUAUAGUAUCUGAAAUCCAGAGGCUGUGUGCAUCUAGACAGGUGCAUGUAGGAAUUUACCCUCUGCAUAGGUGACUGGCAAACAGGCUCUCCUGUUUGCAAGGAGAUUUAAACAAAGAAGUUAUGUUUAAAAUGUUUGUGCAGGGCAAGGAGAGAGACUAGUUCCAUGAAGACAAAGUCUAUUUGAUAUUCUUUGCUCAGAUUUGGCUAUCCAUUUCCUGAUGAUGGAGUCUGAGGUCUUGGCGGUCUUCCUUUUGCCUGCACAAUAAAGGAUAAAGAGUCAGAACAUUCAAGAGACAAUGUGUAUUUGUUGUAGACGAUAGUCAUAUAGAAAAUGUAUGAGGGAAAUAUUUUUGGUUUAUUUAUUUUUAUAUUGAGACCCCAAAGACUUGCUCUGUAACUAUUUUUUAAUUUAAUUAAUUCAUUAACCUGAAAAUUCUUAAUUUUUUUAAAAAAUGAGUCACAGCUGUUCCAUUCACUGAACACUUGGUCUUUAAUAGAAAUAAUGUUAAUAUUUCUGAUAUACUGCAGCAUGCAAGCACUUUUGCCACUGGUCUGUGGUGAGUAGCAGCUGAUGAACAGAGGGCUGCUCACACUGUUGUGCCUAGGAACAAAGGAACUUAGCUCCAUGGUGGUUGCUCCUUCAGAAUCUUACCUUAAAGCAAAGGAGGGAAGUCUGUGGUCUUCCAUAUGAUGUCAUUGGACUCUAGCUCCCACCAUCACUGACCAUCGGCCAUGCUGGACUGGCUUAAACUGGUGGGAGUUGGAGUCCAACAUAAUCCAGAAGGCCACAGUUUCCCCAUCCCUGCUUUAAAAGGGUAGCCUGGGAGAGGUCAGGGGCAGCUGAAGGAAGAGUGGAACAAGGGUCGCUAACAGUUGCCUGAAUAUUUAUUUGCCACAUUUAUAUUCUGCUGUACUGUAUUUUGACUGUACAACCUUUAGGUUGGGUAAACUGAGAAAUAGUGAAUGGCCCAGGAUCACCCAGGAAGCUUCUUAGGCAAGUAGAAAUUUGAACCAAGUGCACCACAUUCAUCUAUCACCUAGCUCUCAUUUAUGAAGCUAUUCUUAAUCAGCUUUAAGAAAUAUUUGUGGAAUGUUGCCUUAUUUGUAGUUUCUUCUGUCUUCUUGUGACUGUGUCAUGAAAUCACAACAGUUUGUGGUUUCAUGACCUUGUCAAUGAAACUCAAAACAAGCGAUGGUUACAUGACCUCUCACACCAGAUGUGAUAGCAAAAUAAAAGUUGGGUAACACAUCGGGUGCAGAGCUUUGCAGGGGCAUCCUUCAUGAAAAGGAGGAUGGGGGUGGGCAAAAGAAGGAAUGUAAGUGAUUGGUCAGACCCUGAGCGAAUAAGAUCCAUCCACUGAAUCUUUCUAACAAUGUUCUGCUAGGAAAGAAAUCCAUCCCACUGAACAUCCAGUUGCUAGGUGUAGCCAGCCUGGAAAAUCCUUUACCUAAAAGAAAAUUCAGCUUUAAUUAAACCUUUAUGGUGCUGUUUACCUUUCGUUGUGAGUUUGGGCAGGGAAUAGCCAGGAGAGGGCCAGAAUGGUUGCAGAUGUUCAGUAAUAGUGGCAAAUUUGUCAGGCACAUCUUCUUUUAGUGAAAUUAAGCUAAUGGCCCAGGAAGAUGAGCAGAUGGUUAAAGAAGAUGACCCAAUGAAAGAUGUGAGUGAGGAAAGCGAUAGAAAUGUUUUAGGAGACCAUUUUUUGAGUGAGCCACAGGGAGAGAGCAAGCUCUGGAAAGUGGGAGCUGCCACUAUCUGAAGAUCUGGUAUGGAACAGUGGCUGUGGCUUCUUGCAGGAGUGCUUUCACUGUUGUGUCUCCACCUAUGCUCAACCUGUAUAUUUGUAAAUAAACUCAAAUAUUGCCAAAUA